GAGGGAGGUGUUUAUGAGGCGCUGGGGGCGGAGGAGGAGAAUUUAGUCCGAGUGGAGCGAGCGAGCUGACUGGUUGUGUGGUCGCGUCUCGGAAACCGGCAGCGCUUGCAGCAUGGCUGACCAACUGACUGAAGAGCAGAUUGCAGAAUUCAAAGAAGCUUUUUCACUAUUUGACAAAGAUGGUGAUGGAACUAUAACAACAAAGGAAUUGGGAACUGUAAUGAGGUCUCUUGGGCAGAAUCCCACAGAAGCAGAGUUACAGGACAUGAUUAAUGAAGUAGAUGCUGAUGGUAAUGGCACAAUUGACUUCCCUGAAUUUCUGACAAUGAUGGCAAGAAAAAUGAAAGACACAGACAGUGAAGAAGAAAUUAGAGAAGCAUUCCGUGUGUUUGAUAAGGAUGGCAAUGGCUAUAUUAGUGCUGCAGAACUUCGCCAUGUGAUGACAAACCUUGGAGAGAAGUUAACAGAUGAAGAAGUUGAUGAAAUGAUCAGGGAAGCAGAUAUUGAUGGUGAUGGUCAAGUAAACUAUGAAGAGUUUGUACAAAUGAUGACAGCAAAGUGAAGACCUUGUACAGAAUGUGUUAAAUUUCUUGUACAAAAUUGUUUAUUUGCCUUUUCUUUGUUUGUAACUUAUCUGUAAAAGAUUUCUCCCUACUGUCAAAAAAAUAUGCAUGUAUAGUAAUUAGGACUUCAUUCCUCCAUGUUUUCUUCCCUUAUCUUACUGUCAUUGUCCUGAAACCUUAUUUUAGAAAAUUGAUCAAGUAACAUGUUGCAUGUGGCUUACUCUGGAUAUAUCUAAGCCCUUCUGCACAUCUAAAGUUAGAUGGAGUUGGUCAAAUGAGGGAACAUCUGGGUUAUGCCUUUUUUAAAGUAGUUUUCUUUAGGAACUGUCAGCAUGUUGUUGUUGAAGUGUGGAGUUGUAACUCUGCGUGGACUAUGGACAGUCAACAAUAUGUACUUAAAAGUUGCACUAUUGCAAAACGGGUGUAUUAUCCAGGUACUCGUACACUAUUUUUUUGUACUGCUGGUCCUGUACCAGAAACAUUUUCUUUUAUUGUUACUUGCUUUUUAAACUUUGUUUAGCCACUUAAAAUCUGCUUAUGGCACAAUUUGCCUCAAAAUCCAUUCCAAGUUGUAUAUUUGUUUUCCAAUAAAAAAAUUACAAUUUACCCAA